AUGACUUUCCAGGGCGCUGCCGGCAACAAUUAUGAAGUCUUCCGGGAGUGCGUAUCUGCCGCCAUUGUCCAGAGGUCUGAAGCAGGCGACAAGAAAGCUGUAAAGCGGAAGGCUAGGGGAAAGAAACGAGACAAUGCUGGCACUGAUCUCAGAUCAGAGGGAAAAGGCCCAGAUUUUAUAGAGAAACAAAACCCUGAAGAAUUGGCCGAAUUCAUCGACUUUAUCGCAUCAGAGACUUUCUAUGCGCUGCCAAACGAGAUGCAAACCCUGUCGUACUCAAAUAUUCAGAAUGAUCCAUCGCUAGCCAGUCGGUACAAAGACCCUGCUGACAUGCCUGCUUCUACUAUGGAAGCUUGGGCUGCAGUCGUACCAGUAUCUGUAUCGGAGUCUCUCUCAGUCUAUGGUAUAAUCCCAGAGACGCUGGAUUUGAUCGCGGCAUUUAUACGCCCUGUUUUGACGGAUUUUCUUACAUCUGUGACCACGGGCCCUCCAUCCUGGGCGUCUACUCGCGUUGACGCCUGUGAGAUCUGCGAGCGCGACUGGAUCCCGCUAUCCUACCAUCAUCUCAUACCUCGAGAAGUCCAUGCUAAGGUUCUCAAACGCGGCUGGCAUGAGGAGUGGAUGUUGAACAGUGUGGCUUGGUUGUGCCGUGCAUGUCACAGCUUUGUGCACCGUAUGGCAAGCAACGAAGAGCUAGCACGCGAGUAUUACACUGUAGACCGCAUUCUUGAAAGAGACGAUGUCCAAGACUGGGCCAAGUGGGUUGGACGGGUCCGUUGGAAAACCAAGUAG